AUGAUGAACAGAAUAUCUGAGGUGCUUCAAGACACAGACAAAGCACGUGCACUCGCUGGUAAAUUACAGCGUUUGGCUUAUGCGCGUCAGUCGAAUGCUAUCGCCAGGCAAGACCAAGAGAACGCGGCUCUAGAGGAUACGCGUUUGGGCAAAAUUGUAAAUGAGAUGCGUAAAGGCAUGAUUUUCGAUUUGGACUGGAUCAGAGAGCUAGAAGCUGAUGAGUUUGCUGGUCUCCUCGACUCCGUCGAUUUGAACGGGGACGAUAGCACUACACACGACAAGCAACUGGAAUUCCUCCUUUUUAAGAGAAUACAGGAGCAGAUCUACGGCGAUCAAGCAGCCGAUGAUAAUAGAAGUGACUCUAUCGCUCAAGAUCCAACGACUAUCGAGUUACUCGCUUUAGACGACCUCAAACAGCGCAAACAGUCCUAUCUACAUGUCCUACCCACCCUCGACGAUGAAAUUGAGCAAGCGAAGCAGGAACUGGCUAGGGAGGAUGAGCUAUUCGUAGACAGCACCCAAAUGAAAGAAGGCAUCAACGAUCGUAUCAUCGAUAUUUACUCCUCAUCAGCUGAAGUGACUCCAGAGCAAUAUUUCAACGACUUGAGGCGUAAGAUACGCUCAAAACACACUGAACACAACAACCUCUCACUUGAGCUAGAAGACACUGUCCUCGCUGCUGGUGUAUACGAUGAUGAAGAUGAGGCAGAGGAUGAGAACCGCGAAGAUGUCGAAGAUAUCAGACGCUACUUUAUGCCAGCAGAGAAUAGCGAGAAUGGGAGAAAGAGAACGAAGCAAGAGGAGCGCGAGGAGUUUCUGCUCUUGUUAUCAGACCUACUACAAGCCAUGGAUGAAACACCGGUAGACCCGUACAUCAACGUAUCUGAAUACUACGAGGGCGUCAGAAUUAAGAUUGUAGAGAGCGGGAUUGCAGUUGAGCACCCCACUGACUCGGCCAGACUGCGCCUGCAUGACUUCCACAAAACAUUCGACGAUGGCUCUGAUGGGGAGGAAGGAUAUGAAGAGGAAGAUGAAGAUGCACGUCGAGAACUUCUCGAUUACUAUGGCGGAGAGGGAGACGAUUUAAGUGAGGCUGGGGAGAUUGAGUAUUUGUGGGCGGAGAGCGAUCGUGAAAGGCGCGGUACAUUGUGUGCUGCUUCAUCACCCACCACCCAACAAAAAGCCUCUAGAAAAGCCAACAGACUGCCAGUUGCGUGUCUAUUCUGCAGGAGACGCAAGAUAAAGUGCGACGGACAGAAAUCGUGCAAGCACUGCUCUAAGAAGGGCAUCGAGUGUAUCUACCCGACAAUUCCCCGUUCCAGACGCCGCUCAUCGAAGCAGCUUCAGCUGGAUUUGCAGCAAGCAGACAUGCUCGAUAGCAAAAUUAGAGAGACAAUUGGAAAUAUUUCAGGGGAUUGCUCGGAUAGCAGUAGCAGCAGGAGCGCUAUUGUGCAGAUGAAGUACAUGCAGCAAAUGAGCUCAAUCAAGGCUAGCACACUCUUUUAG